AUGCAAACUUGCAAUACAGACAAAUAUUGGAAUUAUUAUUACAACAUCCAUCGAGGGAAGGAAAGAAGAUUUGAGCGAGGAAAUGUUAUUGAAUUAUUAAAUGAAGAUGAUGAAGUAUUAGAAAAUACCUCAAUAUUUACGAGUACUUCAUUAAUUAACAAAGAUUGUAUAUCGAUCACAGAUUUACUUGCAGGCUUAUAUGCAAAACAAAGAAAAGGUUUAUCUAUAGCUAAAAACGGUGAUGGGAACAGAGAUUGUGAUGAAUGCGCAGGUGUUAUUCUUAAUAAUCUUGGGUUAAUACAUGAAAGAAGAGAAAAUAAUGAAUUAGCCGUUUCUUUGUAUAAUAAUGCUAUAGAAUUUGCUGAAAAAGCACUAGAUUUUAUUGGUAUUGAAGAUUUUACCAGAAACUUGAAUCGUGUGCGAACACGAGAAGAAAAUUCUGAGCAAAACAUUUUGGAUCAUAUGUUUACUCGCUGGUUUAAAUUAUUAGUUAUUACCAAAUCCGUACAUUACGUUAUGCGGCUAAAGGAUGAUGGAUUCCGCACUUACAGUAUUAAGGAAUGA